GCAAUAGGAAAUUAGAAAACGAUCUUAAUAAUCUAACCCACAAAUGCAAACCCGGCAAUGUUAAUUUUUGCGGAAUUGAAAUGGAUGAAGGAUAUGAGUCUGAAGUUGAGAAAGAAGAAGCCUUUGUGACCCCCGUGGCCCAACAAUGUUCUAAAAGAUUAGAGGAUCAAGCCGCAGAAAGAUAUCGGUUCAUUCUCUCUAGACCAGAAACCCCUGUUGUGCCUUCAGUAAACGUGAACCCUUUGCAACCAGUAUCACAAGCCCCGGUAGCACCUCCGGUCAAUAUGAUCCCUUCCCAACCAAUACCAGAAGCCCCA